AUGGACAGAGAGCAGCAAGAGCUUCAGUUUCUAGGUUUCUUUGGAAUCUUUAGAUACUCUUUCAAGACCGUCUUCUCAUGGAGAAAAAUCUUCAGUCAAAUCACUCUGACUCUAAUCCUCCCACUCUCAUUCGUCUUCCUCUUUCAAUUCCAAGUCUCACAGCUCCUCUUCGACAAGGCAAUCAGAGACCAAAACACCCGCAAUCGUCUCUCUCAUAAGGUCUCCGCCGAUUGGGCUCGGUUUGUGCUCUUCAAAGCCGCCUAUUUCACUGUAUUUCUCAUACUCUCUCUGCUCUCAACCGCUGCAGUUGUUUACACCAUCGCCUGCAUUUACACUGCCAAGCAAAUCACCUUCAAGAAGGUCAUGAGCGUGGUCCCAAGGGUCUGGAAGCGACUCUUUGUUACCUUCAUAUGUAGUUUCGCAGUCGCUUUGGUUUACAACGUUGUUGCAAUUGGGGUUUUAGUUUUGUGGGCUGUUGUUGUGGGGUUUUCUUCGAUUGGGAUUGCGAUCGGUAUUGUCCUCUUGAUCUUGUACAUUGCGGGUUUGUUGUACAUCACAAUUGUGUGGAAUAUAGCGAGCGUUGUUUCGGUGUUGGAGGACAUUUAUGGGUGGAAAGCCAUGGUGAAGAGCAGGUGUUUGAUAAAAGGCAAGAUGGGUGUUUCAGUCGGUUUGUUUGUUGUAAUUGGAUUUUGUUUCGGGGCUAUUGAAGCUGUAUUCGAGACCUUUGUGGUGGAGGGGUUUGGGUCUAGUUUGGCGAUUCGAGUGGUGAUCGGAAUCAUCUGCUUUUUGUUGCUGCUUAAGGUUAUGCUGUUUGAACUUGUGAUGCAAACAGUGCUUUACUUUGUUUGCAAGUCUUAUCACCAUGAAAGCAUCGACAGGUCUGCUUUAUCUGGUCAUCUCGAAACUUUUACUGGAAAUUACUUCCCUCUGAGGGCCAAGAAUGUGCAGUUAGAAGAAUCUCAUGUGUAA